AUGGAAAACAGUACGAAAGAUUUAACGGAACAGCUUAACGAUGAAUUUACCCGGGCGGUGUUGCCAGUCACUAUUAUUGUUGGAAUUGAAGUUGUAGUUGGAUUCUUUGGAAAUCUGCUCGUGAUCUAUGUGUUCCUGUUUCAUUAUCGUGUUUGUACCUUCCGAUACUUUGUCCUUUGUCUGGCAUUCAUUGACAUAACAUGCUGUAUAACAACAAUGCCAGGAGAGAUGGUUACACAACUUUAUUGGUACGUGUACCCCGUGCGAGAACUGUGUAAAAUAAAGUCGUUCUUCAACGUAUUUACGGUAACUGCUGAAGCUUUGUGUUUAGUGACAAUAGCAUUUGAUCGAUACAGGAAAGUGUGUCGACCUUUUAGCUGGCAACUGAAGCCGCGAGUGGCCAAAGGUUUGUGUGGAAUAUAUUGCAUCGUUGCAUUAUUUGUUGCCCUUCCCACUCCAUUUUUAUGGGGAUUGCGGUCAGCAACGAAAAUAUAUGAAAAUGUAUCUAUAAAUGUAACACUUUGCGAAAAGGAUCAAACGUUCGAGAAGACUGACUAUCCAAUAGGUUAUGUUUCAACAGUGGCUGCCGUCAUUUUGAUUUUACUGAUUCUUAUGUUUAUACAGUACGUUUUCGUUGCAAUGAAACUUCUUAAAGAACGACGACACCGGAUGGGAUCAGGAAAGACUAUGGUCAAUAAUACUCCAAAUAUGUGUUCCCCAACACACAGUGGAAAUGAAAAUCCCGAUACGAGUCAAAUCAGUAAUGACAAUGUUGCAGGAUGCGACAACGAAGUAGAAAGGGAAUUUUCGACCAAUGAAGACUCGGACAAACCUAGAGACAUAUCAGAAAUAAAGAUUACAGAUCUUCAUAACAACAGAAAUACACGUGAAAAACGUGCCUUCAAGCGGAAUGUUCCCAAAAGGAUCAACCGACCUUCAGUAAGCCACAGCCGGAUGGGUUCCUCAUAUGAAGAAUUCAACGCCCUGAGUGAGGCUAGAACCCCACGUCGGCGAGGAGCAAAUGAUUCAAAGUCACCGACCUUAACCACACGGCUGGGGCGGCCCUGGAAAAGGGAUAGAACUCUUUGUAAAGCUCUUGUAACAUUUCAUUGGAAUAUAACCGAGGCAGCUAUCAGAACAGUUGAUCCAGCUAGUCAGAGAGACAAGUCAAUUAUUUCUAAUCAGAUUAGAUAUGUAAUUUGGUAUCAGGGUGGCGGUUAUCCAGUACUGUCGUAUGGUGUGUCCACUUCAGUAAAUAUCACAGUGACAUUGCACUAUAGCUGA